GAGAUGUACGAGGCCAUUAGGCAGCUGAUGUGUCAAUCAUAUGGCAUAUCCAAGCAGACAUUAGUGAAAAAAAAUGUUAUCUAGAUUUUCUCGCGCUCCGUCGUUCUUCGAUUUCAAUCCUCACAACAAGAUUCUCUUCCGCCGCUUCAGCUCAAUUCGUUAUUGGGCACCAACUCUCUCAUCUCUCUAUCAUUAUCUUAUUACACCUAGGGACAAAAUAUAAUGUGAGGGGUAUCAGAGCAACAUUGAAUCAGACAGUUUAAGCUUCAAUAACUCUGGCCGUUCAUACCUAUGAAACAGAAUGCGAUGAAACAAGGCUCUGAGCCAUCAUCGUUUUCUCUUGUUUACCUCGAUCUAUAAGUAAUUGCACAGAAGGCGAUGAAACAAGGCUCCGAGCCAUCAUCGUUUUCUCUUGUUUACCUCGAUCUAUAAGUAAUUGCAUAUUGGAUAUACAGUCGUGCAUAGAUGCGUUGCGACUUGACAGUGGCAUGUCACCAUUGAACAAUACAAGCAUUGUAAGCAAAAUAACCAAUCUCCAUCGUCUGAGGCAACUCCAUGCACAGUUGGUACACCACUCCCUGCACCACCAAAACCACUGGGUGGUGCUCCUCCUUACCCAAUGUACUCGCCUCCUUGCACCCUCAAGCUACACCUGCCACAUUUUUCAUGCUGCAACACAUCCUGAUGUACGUGUCUUCACCUUUAUGCUCAAAUAUUAUUCCCAAAUUGGUGUUCGCGCACAAGUACCAGUUUCUCUCUUUAAGCAUAUGCUUCGACACUGUAACAUAAAGCCCAAUACAUCUUUCUAUUCGGUUAUGAUGAAAUCUGCUGGAAGUGAAAGCAUGUUGUUUCUUGCUCAUGUAUUGAAAUCAGGAUAUGAUCGUGAUCAUUAUGUUCGGAAUGGAAUCUUGGGCAUAUAUGCCAAGUACGGACCUAUUGAGUUUGCUAGGAAACUAUUUGAUGAAAUGCCUGAUAGAACUGUUGCAGAUUGGAAUGUGAUGAUAUCUGGAUACUGGAAAUGCGGGAAUGAAGAGGAAGCAAGUACGCUUUUCCAUGUGAUGGGUGACCAGGAAAUAAGUAGGAAUGUUAUUACUUGGACCACCAUGAUUACUGGACAUGCAAAGAAGGGGAAUUUGAAGACUGCAAGGAUGUAUUUUGACAAAAUGCCAGAAAGAAGUGUGGUAUCUUGGAAUGCAAUGCUAUCAGGGUAUGCUCAAGGGGGAGCACCAGAAGAAACUAUAAGAUUGUUCAAUGACAUGCUUAGCCCUGGAAAUGUCCAACCAGACGAAACAACAUGGGUAACUGUCAUAUCUUCUUGUUCAUCUCUUGGUGACCCUUGUCUUUCAGAGUCGAUUGUCAGAAAGCUAGACGACACAGUGGGUUUCCGCCCAAAUUAUUUUGUCAAGACAGCUCUGCUUGAUAUGCAUGCGAAAUGUGGGAACCUUGAGGCAGCACACAAGAUUUUUGAGCAAUUGGGUGUGUAUAAGUAUAGGAGUUCUGUUCCAUGGAAUGCCAUGAUUUCUGCAUAUGCAAGAGUAGGGGAUUUACCUUCGGCAAGACACCUCUUUGAUAAGAUGCCACAGCGAGAUACUGUCUCAUGGAAUUCAAUGAUUGCAGGUUAUACUCAAAAUGGUGAGUCAGUCAAGGCGAUCAAGCUAUUCGAGGAAAUGAUCUCUAGUGAAGAUUCAAAACCAGAUGAGGUGACUAUGGUGAGUGUUUUUUCGGCUUGUGGACACCUUGGAGAACUAGGUUUGGGUAAUUGGGCUGUGAGCAUCCUCAAAGAAAAUCACAUCCAGAUUAGCAUUUCAGUAUACAACUCUUUGAUUAGCAUGUACUCAAGAUGUGGGAGCAUGCAAGAUGCUGUAUUAAUAUUUCAAGAAAUGGCAACAAGAGAUUUAGUUUCCUAUAACACAUUGAUUUCCGGGUUUGCAGAGCAUGGGCAUGGAAUGGAAAGCAUCGAGCUGCUGUUAAAAAUGAAAGAAGACGGUAUUGAACCAGACCGCAUAACUUAUAUUGCUAUACUAACUGCAUGCAGUCAUGCCGGAUUAUUGGGUGAAGGUCAAAGACUUUUUGAAUCAAUCAAAUUUCCCGAUGUAGAUCACUAUGCUUGUAUGAUUGAUAUGCUGGGUCGAGCUGGUAGAUUGGAAGAAGCUAUGAAAUUAAUUCAAAGCAUGCCGAUGGAACCCCAUGCAGGAAUUUAUGGAUCUCUUUUAAAUGCUACUAGCAUUCAUAAACAAGUGGAACUCGGGGAGCUUGCUGCAGCUAAACUGUUCAAGGUUGAGCCACAUAAUUCUGGAAAUUAUGUGUUGCUCUCUAACAUAUAUGCUUCGGCUGGUAGAUGGAAGGAUGGAGACAAAGUUAGGGAUACAAUGAGAAAACAGGGAGUGAAGAAAACAACUGGCUUGAGCUGGUUGGAGCAUAACUCAUAAGUUUGUGGAAAAUACCUAUUGGUGCCGUGGCGUGUGUGCGUCUUUGUAGAGACAAGUGAUAGCACCCAAAGUAUUACAGUUCUUGCGGUUCUUCGAGGUGUUUCACAUUAUAAACAAAGAUAUCAAUUGAUUACCAAGUACAACAACAACAACAACAACCAAGCCUUAUCCCACUAAGUGGGGUCGGCUACAUGGAUCAAAUGACGCCUUAGUGUUCUAUCAAAAACCAUAUUUGGAUCAAACUCAUUGACCUCUAAAUCUUUUCUAAUGGUUUCUCGAAUGGUUUUCUUAGGUUUUCCUUUACCUCUUUUAACCUGACUCUCCUCCAUUUGAUCUACUCUUCUUACAACGGCAUCUACGGGUCUUCUCUCUACAUGUCCAAACCAUCUAAGCCUAUUUUCUACCAAUUUUUCUACUAUAGGUGCUGCCCCCACUCUCUCUCGAAUGGUGUCAUUCCUAAUCCUAUAUAUAGUAAUUUAUGUCUUACUAUCUUCAUUUUGUUAAGGUUGUGCUUACUUACUUGAUUCUCAAAUAAUCAAGUAAGUAAGUAAGCACAACCUUAACAAAAUGAAGAUAGUAAGACAUAAAUUACUAUAGUUUGAAGCUCAAAUAAUUAGUAUUUGGACUACUUACUCUUUGGUUGAAUUGCUUAAGCACUUACGUGAUGGAUCAAUUUGGUAGCGUGUAUUGUUGGAAUUCAUACACUGUUUUGAAUUGAAACAAAGUACAUGCACUGUUUGUUUGAGUGUGUUUGGCUGUGCAUUAACUUUUUCUAAUUUUUGCCUUUUGUAGAAGUUAAGGUUUAGUAACAAAUUGUAAUGUUUGGGUCACAGGAUUUAAAUGAAAUGUUCAAUGAGAUAGGAAGACCAAAAUGUUAAAAUUCUGCACUAGCAGUUGAUAGGUAAUUUAAGGUUUUCUUUUUAUGUUGAAGGUUCAUGUUAAACUCAAUUCAAGGAAGGCAAAGCCAAAUGAGAUUUAAGAAAACUGGUUUUUGAUAUAUAAAUGAUAUUUAAGAAAAUAAAAUUUCUAUUGGUUAUAAGCAUUGAUAUUGAUACUUCAUUAUUGCUCUUGUUAGUAUACAUGUGCAGCUGAUGAUUGAAGGACGAUCACUUGAGUUGGACUCUACAACUAUAUUUGGACUCUGCACAAUUUAGUCCUUAAACCCGAAGUUGAUGAUACUAUAUUAAAUGGGUUUGAUUGAUCUCAUUUCAAAGGCUAGUUUAAAAGUCGUGUAUAUCCAACACAACUUCAGUAAAAACUACAUGUGUUUUGGCGGAGAGAAGUAUCCAAUGGAGCUAUGCAAUCUUCUGGUCCGCCUCUGCUAACCAACCUGGGUUGAGGGGUGUUGAGAAGGUGGGAAGGAUAUAAUUAUAAUGGAGACAUUAAGACGAGGAAAACAAGUCAAGGAGGGAACUAUUAGUGCUUAAAAAGCACUCUAAUCCAGAUUUAUCCAUCUCAAUGGGAAAAACACUAUUUUGCCCUGAUUAAUCCAUCUGAACGUGCGAACAAAAUGGUGUUUGGAGGGGUUUGGUUAUUCAGAAAUCAGUUUAACUCUUAAAAUUUAAGCAUAAUAAUUAGUCCUGUGAUGCAUAAAUCCAUAAUUUGAAACAUGCAUAAAUCCAUAAUUUGGUUUGUACAGAGAUGCCAAAAGAAAUGUCGCAAAUGUGUGUUUUUUCUUCUUCUU